UAAUCAGGAGCACUGAAUGGAAACCAAUCAGAUAGAGAGCCCCCUCUGCUCGGGCUGCCUGCAUGCUGGAGUUAAAAAGUGCUGCUGGCCGAGAAGGAGCCCCAGUGAGAGGCGGGGAGCCUGAGCGAGCACCGAGGAGAAGGGGCCAGGGAGCCACCGCAGCCGCCGCGCUGCCGACCCGGGCGAGGCUCGGCCCCGCCGUCCGUGCUUGCCGAGAUCCUUUGAGACUGCAAAGACUAUUUAAAGAAGGAAGACAGCAUGAGAUUGGAUUCAGUGCAGUAAAGUAGGUUAAUCUGAGGACAAGACAAAACCCCAUUAUUUAGACCUUCUUGUGUUGCCGUGAUGAGAACUUAUCAUUGCUUCUGGCUGCUGUUUUGGGCUGGUCAGCCCCACCAAACUUUCUUAACUCCGCUAUCCCAAAGGACUAAUGGCUUUCCAGAAAAGGGAAAAGUUUUGGUGUUGUCUGGAAACAGCAGGCAAGAUAUCCGUCGUUCCAAAAGAAGCUGGAUGUGGAAUCAGUUCUUUUUAUUGGAGGAAUACACAGGAACGGACUACCAGUAUGUUGGCAAGCUGCACUCAGACCAAGAUAAAGGAGAUGGAUCACUUAAGUACAUCCUUUCUGGAGAUGGAGCAGGAGACCUCUUCAUUAUCAAUGAAAAUACUGGUGACAUCCAAGCCACAAAGAGACUAGACAGGGAAGAAAAGCCUGUAUACAUACUCCGUGCCCAGGCUGUAAACAGAAGGACUGGAAGACCAGUGGAACCAGAAUCUGAGUUCAUCAUUAAGAUCCAUGAUAUCAAUGACAAUGAACCAAUGUUUACAAAGGAUGUUUACAAUGCCAGCAUUCCUGAAAUGUCAGAUGUUGGUACCUUUGUUGUGCAAGUCACUGCAACUGAUGCCGAUGAUCCUACAUAUGGAAACAGUGCUAAAGUUGUCUACAGCAUUCUCCAGGGACAACCAUAUUUCUCUGUUGAAUCCGAGACAGGUAUUAUUAAAACUGCUUUGCUAAACAUGGACCGUGAAAACAGAGAGCAAUAUCAAGUGGUCAUCCAGGCUAAGGAUAUGGGAGGCCAGAUGGGUGGAUUAUCAGGAACCACCACUGUGAACAUUACACUGACUGAUGUAAACGAUAAUCCACCUCGCUUCCCCCAGAGUACAUACCAUUUCAGAGUUCCUGAGUCUACACCACCUAACUCACCAGUUGGCAGGAUAAAAGCUAAUGAUGCUGAUGUGGAUGAAAAUGCAGAGAUUGAAUACAGCAUCACUGAGGGGGAUGGAUAUGACAUGUUUGGAAUUACCACAGACAAGGACACACAGGAAGGAAUUAUAAGUGUCAAAAAGGCAUUGGAUUUUGAAAGUAAAAACCUGUAUAUACUGAAAGUGGAAGCUACCAAUAUUCACGUGGAUCCUCGAUUCCUCUAUCUGGGGCCUUUCAAGGACUCAGCUACAGUCAGAAUUCAGGUGGAGGAUGUAGAUGAACCGCCUGUGUUCAGCAGACCGGCAUACAUAAUGGAAGUGAAGGAAGACGUUCCAAUAAACACUGUAAUAGGAACAGUAACUGCUCAGGAUCCAGAUGCUGCCAAGAACCCUGUCAAGUAUUCUGUAGAUCGACACACUGAUAUGGACAGAGUAUUCAACAUCAAUUCAGGAAACGGUUCGAUAUUUACUUCAAAACCCCUUGACCGGGAAACACUGCUAUGGCACAACAUUACAGUAAUAGCAGCAGAGAUCAACAACCCAAAACAAAGCAGCCGUGUCCCAGUGUUCAUUAAGGUUUUGGAUGUAAAUGACAACGCUCCAGAGUUUGCCAUGUUUUACGAGACCUUUGUCUGUGAAAACGCAAAGGCAGAACAGCUGAUACAAACAUUAAGUGCUGUUGAUAAAGAUGACUCUUACAGUGGACAUCAGUUUUCAUUCUCCUUAGCUCCUGAGGCAGCCACCACCUCAAACUUUACACUGCAGGACAACAGAGACAACACAGCAGGGAUUUUCACCCGAAAGAACAGAUAUAACCGGCAUGAAACGAGUACCUACUUCUUGCCAGUGGUAAUAUCAGAUAAUGACUACCCUAUCCAAAGCAGCACUGAAACAGUGACUAUUCGAGUAUGUGCUUGUGACCACCGAGGAAAGAUGUUGUCCUGUAAUGCUGAAGCCUUGAUUCAUCCCACCGGUCUAAGCACUGGGGCUCUUAUUGCCAUUCUUCUCUGUAUCAUUAUAUUACUUGUUACAGUGGUGCUUUUUGCAGCACUGAGAAGGCAGCGGAAAAAAGAGCCUUUGAUUAUUUCGAAAGAAGACAUCAGAGACAACAUUGUCAGUUAUAAUGAUGAAGGUGGUGGAGAGGAAGAUACCCAGGCAUUUGAUAUCGGCACGCUGAGAAAUCCCGAAGCCAUAGACGAUAAUAAAUUCCGCAGAGACAUUGUGCCGGAAACACUUUUUAUGCCACAGCGGACUGCCACAGUGCGAGAUAACACGGAUGUCAGAGAUUUCAUUAACCAAAGGUUAAAGGAAAAUGAUAUAGAUCCAACGGCACCCCCGUACGACUCGUUAGCAACCUACGCGUACGAAGGUAAUGGUUCUGUGGCUGAGUCCCUCAGCUCCUUGGAGUCGGUGACUACGGAUGGAGAUCAGGACUAUGAUUACCUCAGUGACUGGGGACCUCGGUUUAAAAAGCUGGCAGAUAUGUAUGGCGCAAUGGACAGUGACAAAGACUUUUAAUAUGUUGCCUUUUUUCUCUUCCUUUUUGUUUCCAUUCCUCAUUUUCAGAAACAGCAUUGAGAAAUGUGAGGUGGCUAUUUUUUCCUAUUUCUCCAGAGCCGUGUGAAAGGGUUCUCUGUUCUACCCACUCAAAUUGUCUAAUGAUUGCAGUCUGUGUGGAUCAGCCAUCAGAAAACUUUUUCUAGUAUCAUUUUAUGAGCUUCCAAGAGGCAGAAUUCUUAUUUUUCACUGCAUCCAGUUUACCAAGCCAAUCUUAGAGGCAUGGCAGUAUUGGAGGGGGAAAAAAGGAUCCGAUGGGAGCAAUGUUUUUACUCAUUCUGCUUAUAUUGUAAAUUGGAAUAUACUACUAUUUAAGCUCACUUGCUCUUUUUACUUGUAUUCAGACUAUUCAGCUCAGAUGACUGCUCUGUUGAUUGUGUAUUGCACAUCCCAAUGUAAUGAGGUACCCUAGUUUACCCUAUGUAUUAUAGCCAAAAGUAGUGGUGAUGGAAUGAAGGUUUUUUAUACAAGUAGAGUAAGCUGAGACAAAAAACAUCAAACAUGCAUUUUUCUCAUUAGAAGGGUAGAAAGGCCUAAUGGUCAUUUAAACCUAAGUGUUUUUCUAGGACUUGUCAUUGCCCCCAGUGCACUGAAUCAUACUAUCACACACAUAUAUAUAGUUCAUUGACUGCUAUGUAUAUAUUCUUCUGACCUAGCAUUGCUGGAGAGAUGUGUGUGCGUGAUCAGUAGCCCCAAUAUCUAAUUCUUAGAUUAUUUCCCAGUUCUAACCCAGACUUGCCUUGUGAUAUGGGGAAAAUCAUCUAAUUCAACCCCAGAUUAGAUCAUGACUUGGAGGAAGGAGCAGAUCAUAACUUUGUUUUUCUUUGUACUUCUUUAGUCAGUCUUCACCUGCACAUCAGUUCGGUGAUGGCCACUGCACUGGGGAGGUGUGAGUCAGGCUUUCUAUAUUCAGCCUGUUCUCACAUGGAGGAGAGGAGUGGUAGUCUCAAGGGGAUUGGCAUCCACUGGGACAAAAGGAGCAGCUGCAAAGGAGGAAAGGGUGUUUAUUUUGUCCUGAUCUUCCCCUGCCUGGAUGCCCAGGGUGGAUCCCUGACUGACUCUUUGCCUAGUUUUGCUAUCUGUAAAGAGGGGAAAUAGUGCCUACCUCAUCAGGAUGUUGCAAGGAUUAUAUAAGUCAUUCGGAAAAUGUUUUAGAGAUGGAAAAUGAUGGUAUUCUGCCAGAGGAAGUAAUGUCUCAUGCUUUUGGGCGGUUGUUUCAUUUCCAGAGUCAAGCCCUGUAUGCACAAGUAAGUAAGAAUCAGUUGUCAUUCCAACAGCCUGAAAAGUAGGGUCUAUAACUAUAGGUUGUUUGUUUUUUUUUUUCUAAUAACCUAUUUAGCCAGGGUUGUUAAAGACUUCACCAAAAGGUAAAACUUUAAUCACAAGUCUCACUGUGUAAAUUUGUUUAUCCACUUUGCCAAGCUAAGUAAUUUUGGUCCAGGGAUGGGGUGAGGGAAGAUGCUGUAGUCUCAGGCCAAAACAGGUUUUUUUUACAGCUUGUGCACCAUUUAGUAUCUCUGCUGGUCUGUCAAACGCAUGCAGUUGCUGCUUUUCAAAUCCAGCCAUCUAGAAGAGGUUAUUUGGAGGAAACCCUAAGGGACUGCCAUGGGACAUCCAAUUCCAGGAGCUAAAAGCCACCCUGAGUCCCAAAGCAGGGACACAGCCCAUGACACUGUGCCAAGGAAACAAGGAAGAUGUUUUUAUUUUUUUUUAAUAUACCUCAUACAUAACUAAUCUCAUUUAUUUACUUUUGAAACAGUAUUUAAUACCAGUAUCACAGGCAGGGAUCUAUUUUCCUCCCCUCCUGAAUCUUAAGUGAAUCAGUUUAAAAAUUAAACAACAGCUCCAAUUUACUCUAAAUAUAGAGAAGGGGAAAAAGUUAAUAAAGAGAAAAUUAAAAGGGAUUAAAAAUUAAUCCCUGGAAUUCAUUACUCCUAGACAUUUAAAUAGAAAGAGCAGUAAAAUUCACAAGUAUUAGACUUCUACAAACAUGACGACAUAAUUUCAGGUUUUGUGAAACAGUCCCAGUGAAAAGGACGAGCCAGCCAUGUGGCAGUGCCUUGCUGGGACUGAGAAGAACAAUUCUGCAGUGGAAAGCACUGCACAUUUGUAGGUUUAGGGCAAAGCAGCUAAUGGCUUGCUGAUGCCCAGCAUGACAGGCAGGUGGAUGUUCAGUGUGGAGGAGUCCAGUGUUUCCAAGGAUCCUGAGCAGCCCCUGAUCUCCCUGAUGUAGGCCUCUUGCAGUGCUUCAGUCCGGCAGAACAAAGUGCCCAACUCUAUUGCUUAGGGAGGCUGAGCCUGCUGCACCUGUCACAAUGGCAGUGGUACAAUGAGGUCUUUAUUAUGUCCUUCUGUGGGCCUUUCAGUAAUUUAAGAUGAUAAAAGCCUUUGAAAGUCUAGCCCUUCAUGGAUUCCUUGAAAUCAGAACUUCCAGAAGGCAGCCUGUCCAAAACCUGGCUCUGGCACAUAUCUGGAUUUCAGAUAAGUGGAGGAGCAACAGAUGCUCAGCAUCAUCUGCCAUAUGUCCCUCACUUGGGGCUGUUUUCCUCAUUCACUCAGUGGAGACAGUGUACCCCUAGGGAGCUCUUCCCAGUGGCUUCCUAACACACCUUUGUCUCACCCUUCACUGCCUGGCGUUGCCUCAAGCUCAGAGUCCAGCUGGACACCUGAAGUGAGCCAGUGCUUCUUCCUCUCCUCAGGCCCUAAGGAAACAGAGUUGUUAAUGGAGGGAAUGACAGAGGUGGCUGUGAAACUGCAUGCAUAUUUGGCCCUGCAAGCCACCCCCAGCUCACAGGGAAGAAGGGUGCUUGACUUGUCACUGUCAUCUGAUUGAAGACAGACCUUACACCCUGAAAGGGCUGGGCCACCCUGCAGGUCAACUUUCAUUAGUCAUUCUUUGGGGUGGAAUAAACAACAGGAGGAUCACUCACCUCCUUGUAACUAGUUUCCUAUGUUCGUACAGUGGUUUUGUCUGAUUUAGUGGUUGUUAGUAGCAGUCCAAGCGCAAGUUUCAUUUGUUUUUUUUCCUUUUUAUUUUUAAUUGAAAGCUAGAGCUGUUUUGCUCUUGUCCAUUGCAUGGUGCAGUAAGUAACAGAGUGGCUAAUCAUGCCUGUUUUGUAAAUAUAUUACAUAGAAAAUUGUUAUGUCACCACAAAUAUGGUGCCUGAAUAGCAAAUUUUCUUCUAAGAAAAUUCAAGGCAAACUUGCAUCCAAAUUAUUAUUUAUGCACCUAGGUUUUAAGGUCUAUUUUUUCCUGAAAAUUAGACAGAUUUAGCAUCUCUCGCACAGCAAGAAGAGUUCAAUUCUGUCUUUUCUUCUUGCUUGGCAGUACCACAAAGUGCAAUUAUGCAGUACUGCAUAUUAAAUAGUGAAAGUGCCAUAUUGCAGUGAAUACAAAGCUUUGCAGUAGUAUUUCUUUGCACUUUGUAGCAUGCCAGAGUACUAGAUGAUAGAAAUGAAUAUUUAAGAAUGCUUUAAUACAGUGUUAGAGUUGUCAUUUAUAGAUAAACAAGUGUUAGACUAUGGGCUAUGAAGUGUUUUUCAAGGCUGUUUUAAGCCUGAUUUUCUUACAACUGUACCUAUUUAAGAAGAAGAGAUAUUAUUAAGAAGCUUUGCUAAGCCAGGUAGAGAGAUGAGCAUUGCAGCUGUCUUUCAAUUUGGAAAAACAUCUGAUCUAACAGGGGACCUAUGAAAAGAUACCAAGGAACUCAGUGGAGUUAACACAAAACAGGUGCAUGUUUACAUGGGGGACUUUUCUGCUAUGGCAGAACAAUAACCUCUCUACACUUGAAAUGGAAAAAGGUUUCUAAUAUAGCUAUUUCAUCUCAGUUCCCAAAACAGCCACUUUAUUCUAUAAAAA